UGCUACCAAGCAGUCCGAAUGGAUGAGCAACUUGAUCCAAAUGCAGGCCGCUCAUAUGGAACGGAUGGAACAGAUAAUGAGCAGGCUCGUUAAGCCUAACCCAGCUCCUGCUCGGCCUGCCCCUGCAUCAUUUCCGCUCUUGCCUGCUCCGCCUGCUCCAGGAUUCGCACGUCAGUUUCCUCAUCUAGCUAAUCCGGCUGGAAAGAUCGAGUGUUUUAACUGCAAACAGCCCGGGAAUUUCGCCCGGGACUGUCCGCAGCCGAAACGUAAUCAGCCUCCCCUUGCUGCGGCCCCCGUUGCCCUUAAUCAAGGACGAGUGGCCACUCUGAUGGCUACGGAUCAAGGAAGAGAACUUGUGGCAUAUGCCACAGAGCAGCCCUCCCCUUCGAUGGCAACGACAUCGACACCGGGAGCUUCUUCCCCCGACGCUGCUGACGUGGUCGAUCCUCUCGAGUAUCUCCAUCUCGCAGGCAUGAUCGGAGCGAUCCGAUUGGUCCCAGAUGAUCUCGAGUGGGUCGAUCGCGAAUCCAAUCCAGGACCGCAGUUUCGGACAGGAGACAUUGAUGUACUGAGAACGCUCAAGCAGUUAGACAUCCGCGUUCCUAUCCUCGAGCUCAUCGCACCGAUCGUGCAAUUGGCGGACGAUCUCUCGCCCGACAUCUACUUUCAGAGUGACGACAGUCCUGCUCCGUACAUUUUCGAGCGAUCCUUGGAUCCGUACCUUCAGUGGACUUCAUGCUUGGAGGAACCUAGGGACGAGGAUACACUACCAUCGCGGCAGGAGUACCUGAAGCCGUACGAGAUCAUCCCUCUCGCCUUCUACCUGAGGGCAGAAGAAGUGGUGAUCGACGACGACGACGAAGAAGAAGACGACGACGAGGAAACAUCGGAGGAGGGAAGCUAUUGUGAACAUAGCGAGGGCGAGCUGAGUGAAGAGGAAGAAGAAGGAACCGGGUCCGAGUGGGAAGCCUUGCCGGAGGAAGCAACGCGCACGGGAACGGAGGCGGAAGAUCCGGAAGCGGCGCGAAAACGCGAAGAAAUUGCCGCCGGGAAGCGCCAGCUGGAGUUCGCCAGCGAAGCUAGCCUGCGCCUCGGUAACGAUCCGACCCGGGAUCCAGAGCCGCCGAAGCCCGAAGAUGGCGACCCUGCAGCCGCCACCUCAAGUACCGCGCGACGGAGACGGAGCCGAUCCCCCCCCUCCUCCAGCCCCACCCGUCCCCCAGUUCGCCCACGUACCGAUGCGGGCGAUAGGCCUUCGUCCUCGGACGCUGUCCCGUCGACCCCUUGAUUUCCUCACCCUCGAGCAGAUCCGUACCCCCAUC